AUGGCAGCGGCAAUGCUCGCAUCCAUCCCCUCAAAGGACGAGCUAUACGACUAUGCGGCUCGCGCCUACGACCCAGAUACUCGCGUGCCUCUCGUCGAGGCUGUGCUCAACAAAGUAGGAGCCGACAAGUACCUCAACGAGAAGCAGGCGCUCACCACAUAUGAGCUUGCGCCCAACACACGCCGCUCAACCGUGCCCGUCGAGGCGCUCGCCACGUGCACGACCGCCGCCGGCCUCGUCAAGGAGGCGCCGGCGCUGCUCGAAAGGGCGGCUCCCCGGCUGUACGAGAAGGGGAGCGGCCUGUUUGAGAAGAGCAAGGAAAAGUACGAAGAACUCGUGCCCGUCGUCGCGGAAUACAAGGAGGCGGUCGCGGCGCGCGUCACUCUCGCCCGCGAAGGCGCCGACGGACGAGCCGCCGUCCUCGCCGAGGGCAAAGAGCUCGCCACCGAGCGGAUCGUUGUGCCGGCGAGGGCCGCCGCGGCUCCCUACAUUGCAAAGAUCGCCGACCGGAAGGCGGCGCUGGUGGAGAAGAAGGAGGCGCUGCUUGCCGACAAGCGGCUGGCGCGCGCCCUCGACGCGCUGCACGAGGCCCACGCGCACCGGGCCUGGCCCACGCGCACCGGGCCUGGCCCCCGCGCACCGGGCCUCGCACACGGGAGGCCAGUUGACAGUGACACGACUCGUGUCAUCACAGAGGCCUGUGGGGCGCGCGCCCACCCCGUCGCCACGGCCGAGGCACUUCGCGAGACGGCGUGCGACCUGCUGCAGUACGAGAAGCUGGUCGCGUACCGCGAGUACGUGCUGAGCGACGCGUUCGCGCGCGACACGCGGCGGCUCGUGCAGGAGGACCUCCCCUCGCUCGCGCGCGGCGCGGCGCAGCACAGCCUCGACCGCCUCCACGCCGCCACCGCCGCUCUCUCGGAGGAGCUCACCGACGGGAAGGUGUCGGGCGCGGCACGCGCGGCGGUGCAGCGGCCGGCGGAGCUGCUCGCCGACGUGCAUUCGCUCGACCGACUCGUCGCGCUGAGCGGGCGUGCGCGCGUGCUUCUCUCUGAGCUCACCCUGCAGGCGGCGCGGCUAGACUCGCUCCCGGUGCCGCGCGGAGCUCGCGCGCGACUCGAGUGGCCCGCCGCUGGUAGAUGCGCGGUGGAGAGAUCGAGGCUCGCCGCGCUGAUCGCACCCGCCGAGCCGACUGGCGCGCCGGCUGCGGAGCCCGUCACCGCUGAGCCGGCGCCGUCUGCGUCUCCGUCUGCGUCUGCGUCUGCGUCCGAGGCUGCGGCGGACGAGGUUUACGAGGAGGCGGUGGAGGAGGAGGAGCCGCCCAAGGUGGCCCCUCCUUCCAGGCGAGCAAGGAGGCUGUGAUCUACUGAAGGGCCUUCGCCCGAGGGUGGCCGUCCCACCACCACCGCCGCCGGCGUGGCACGCGAGAAGGCGGUGGGGCGGGAGGCGUGACCGGGGCGGGGCGAAGGAACUGUCGGCGUGCACGUCGUGGGUGUGUCGGUGCAACGGGCGUGGUGUGAGGUGCGGGGUCUGGCGUGCGCGCGCGCUCCAAGCACGAAGAAUCGAGAAGAAGCUCGUGCCGGGGCGGAGUGCGGUCGUGCAGCCCCCUCCCCCGAGCUCGUGCUGUGUCGUGCUCGGUGAGUCGGUCGUGUAGCUUCGGCCGUCUAGCCAGUCAGGUCUUGCUGAGGGCGUAGACGCCCUUAGUGUCUUGCCAUGUGUGUGCGUGCCGUGCUAGCCCCACGUGAAGUUAGUCAGUUAGGAACCGGUGAAGAACAGCGUGA